UGCUAGAAGGUAAGAGUCAUCUGUGGCUUCAACUUCUGCCUUUUGACGUAGUAAAGCAGUAUGACUACAUACAAUAGUGUCUGAUCUCUGCACUAAUGGGGACUGGCCCCACCUUUGUGGCAGUGAAUACAAUACAAUAGUGGGUGGGUUGUGUCUUGUAAUGGAAUACCUUGUUUUUACCUUUUGAGUCCUGUGAGACUGUUUGUGUUCAGCAUGUUUGGAGACUGGAAGUUGUACAGUGCCACAGGAGACCUUGACCUAAUUCUCAGAGAGGAUAGCGAUGAGAGCCCAAGUAAGUUCCGAAUUGUCCAUGGCGAGUAGAGAGCCAAAGUACAGCUUGGUGCGUGAGUUGGGUCGAGGCAGUUAUGGUGUAGUGUAUGAAGCAGUGGUAAGAAAAACAGGGGCACGGGUUGCAGUGAAGAAAAUUCGUUGCCACGCCCCAGAAAAUGUGGAACUGGCCUUGCAGGAAUUCUGGGCUUUGAGCAGCAUCAAAAGCCUUCAUCCUAAUGUGAUCCAUCUGGAAGAGUGUAUCCUGCAGAAAGAUGGGAUGCUACAGAAGAUGAUCCAUGGCUCCAGCUCAUCUCAUUACCUCAAGCUGGUAGAGACUUCAUUGAAAGGGGAACUCAGCUUUGACUCCAGAAGCGCUUACUAUCUCUGGCUUGUCAUGGAUUUCUGUGAUGGCGGGGACAUGAACGAAUAUCUGCUUUCUAGGAAACCCAAUCGCAGGACCAACACCAGCUUCAUGCUGCAGCUCAGUAGCGCCUUAGCCUUUUUACACAAAAACCAAAUUGUCCACCGGGACCUGAAGCCAGAUAACAUAUUGAUUACUCAGACUGGAUCCGAGGCUGCAGGAGGAGAACCUCUUCUAAAAGUGGCAGACUUUGGUCUGAGUAAAGUCUGUUCAGGCCUGGGAGCAGAGCAAAAGGAGCCAGUUAACUUAAACCGCUGCUGGCUUUCUACAGCUUGUGGGUCGGAUUUUUACAUGGCCCCAGAAGUUUGGGAAGGUCACUAUACAGCCAAAGCAGACAUCUUUGCAUUGGGUGUCAUCAUUUGGGCUAUGCUGGAGAGAAUUACAUUUAUAGAUUCAGAGACUAAGAAAGAACUGUUGGGAAGCUACGUCCGUCAGGGAUCAGAGAUUGUGCCUCUUGGUGAAGCAUUGCUGGAAAACCCCAAAAUGGAGCUUAAUAUCCCAGUGAAGAAAAAGUCAAUGAAUGCCGGAAUGAGGCAACUAAUUAAAGAAAUGCUGGCAGCAAAUCCACAAGACAGACCCGAUGCCUUUGAACUGGAACUGAGAAUCUGUAAAAUCACAUGCAGAGAGUGCAGCCGGACUGCGUAAGUCUCUAUCUGUCAAAUUCUGAAGUGUUCAGGGCCGGCUCUGAUCCUUCUGAGCUUUGCCAGGUUUUAACUGUGUUUCAGGCAAAUCCUUUCUUCCUAAUCUCCCACCAAAAAGCAAGUGUAAAUGCAAAUUCUGACUGGUCCAACAGAUGAUCUGCAGCUUCUAAAAACUGGUGCUUCUUGGACCUAUAUUCUGUUCCACUCCCUAUAUUACUGAGGGCAUUUGCCAGAUACCAGCUGACUAGUUGAACCUUGAUUUGUCUAGCAAAUCACGUGCCAAAUUUGUUGGCAGUUAAACCACUUUAUGAUGAAAUGAGAUGCUGCAGGAAAAUGUGUGGUCUGGUUGGGUCGGAAUGACACUUGUUAGGCUAAGGUUGUAGCUGAGAAAUGAUCCAAACUGUUGCAAAUUAUCUGAAAUAUGACUGGGGAUAUCUAACUUUUUCACCAGUGUAAAGUUCCCUUUUACCCUCUCGAUUUUUCUUCCCCAAAUACAUAUAUUAUAAACAACCGGAAUAUUGUUAUAAAUUGACAGCAAUGCUCUUUUGAAAAAGGAUAAUAGAUGCCCAUUAAGAUUUUUUUAUUCAGCUCUUUUCUACUUUUUUCACUUAGGAUUCCAAGUCCAGGCAUUUCCUGAAACAUAGCAUGUUUUAGUUGGGUGUGGAAUUGUUUGGACUGUGGGCUUUUUCACAUCUGAAUCUGCCACCAUUAGACAUGUUUGUCAGUUGAACUGACUUGUAAUUAGUAACUCAGCUGUAUUGGAGGAAAAAAACAUUAAGCAACUUUCUAGAAUCCAAUGCAAUUUUGAUAUAAGCUGUUGUUAUCAAUAAAAGACGUUCAAAGUUUAAGUGUUUCAAAGGAUGAAUGUGACCUCUUGGGAUCCAGGUCCAAAUUUCUACUUGCUCCUGGGAGUUUAUUAUGCUUCUGGAGCCUGGAACUUUGUAAAUGAGCGAGCUCUUUCUUACUUACUCACUCUGUCCAUCCCAAAUGUGAAACCCUACCUUUUUUUUCUCCUCUCUGUGGUAUUGGUUACUAAAGAUGAGGGCUUUCUAUUCAUUUUGCAAAUGGGGUAGUAAAAGUAACUGUCCUAUCAGACAGACAACUGGAACUUUCGACCUGAUGUUUCACAACAUAUUGAAGAAUUAUUAGAGAAAAUAACACUGUUCGUAGACUGGUAAGUAUAGAGAAAAUAGCCAUUUUCAUCAAUUGAUUAAAUAAAGAGUCAGCUUGGGUGUAUAGAGUGGAUUUUUAUUGGCUUCGCCUUGAGUGGACCUUAAAUUAGAAACUCAAUUUGCCUUGAUGUGUUCAGCUUUUCAUCAAAUUAAAAUAUAAUGGUUUGAUGAAAGAGUACAAUACAUCAGAGGUAAUCACUCCUUUAGUGUGUUGCUUAAGGGAAAUUCAAAUGACCUACAUAAAAGCGGAGUAUUAUGCACCUCAGAAAAUGGAGCACUGUAUUCUACUGCUGCUGUUUAACAUUCCAGAAGCUCUGGAUUCUGAAAGAACUGAUGCUCUCACUGCAUUGUGCCGUGAAGAUGCAAUUUUUAUUCAAACAUAAGCUCAGGAUUGCACUUCCAUUAGUAUUCCUAUCAAGUUAAAUUGAGGAGCUCAGUGGUUAGAGCACUUGCCUCGCAAGUGCGAGACCUGGCUUUGAUUCCCAGCAGGGCGAAACGUUGGGCAAAUUUCCUUACUGUACGUGCCUCUGUUUACCUAGCAGUAAGUAGGAACCCGGUUGUUAGUCGAUUGGCGGAUUGCUUGUCUGGGGUAAUAAUUCCUUUUUUUUUAAACAUUGGUCACUCAAUCCACGACUCUUUGUGGAACACUGCUGUGGGCAAUUGGCUGGUAUAUUUCACCCACAAAAUAUACAGUCAAUUCACUUUACAGUAUAUUCUGUGAAGCACUUUGAGAUGUCUUGAAGACAGGAUAAGGCGCUAUAUCAAAUGCAAGGAUUAUUAUUAUAUUGUUACAUCUGGCUGCAGAUUUAGUUGUUAAUUCAAAGAAAGUAAAUUCAAGGCACUACUUUAAGUGGGUUACCUUCUACUUUAACGAGAUAAACUUGUAUUAAACUGUAAACUUUAUUGUGUGACAUUUGUAAGAUUGUGUAACUUAUUCCUGUUGUAAUAUGUAUAAAUAAAAUUCUAUGAAAAAUAA